CAAGACAAUCUUUGUAGUUGUUCUGUUCUUCUCCAUCUCUUCUAUUACACAUUUUUUAGAUCUCUCUCUCUCUCUCUCUGCACUUUCUUCUUACAAAACUAUCCCCUUCGUCUCGCCUUUGUGAGAUUCAGAUCCUUUAAACGAACUUCUUAAGUUCACAAGUUUCAAUUUUUUUGUAAGAGCAUAAACUCUUCUCUCGGCUUUCUCCAAUUUUUGCUAUUUCCAAGGAGUGUGUGAUUGAUCGAAUUAAAAAAAACUCGUCUUUCUUCAAUCUCAGUGAUUCUACCAAUCUAAAGUUUGUAUUUUUAUUUCUCUUCCUUCUAUUCUAUUGAUUUCACUUCAGAAGCAACGAAAUCUCGAUUUAGGUAUUCGUUUGUUUCACUUCUCGCCCCCAGAAAAUUUGCCUUCUCGAGAAGUACUCUGAUUCCUUUUGAUUCUAAGGAUUUAGGGAUUUGGUUAUAGAGCUUUUGUGGUUUUGACAUUGCGUUGGUAUUAAAAAAAAUUCUGUAGAAAUCUUUGUUUUAUAUUUCAAUCUUGAAUUCGAACGAAGCUCACCACCAAGUUCGGCUUUAGUAGAGAUUUCAUUUGGUCUCCAUAACUGUUAUUUUGGAUGCUCUGUAGCUGAAGAUGCAGCCUGAUCAGCGCAAAAAGUCAUCAGUAGAGUUAGAUUUCUUCACGGAGUAUGGUGAAGGAAGCAGAUACAGAAUAGAGGAAGUUAUAGGUAAAGGAAGCUAUGGAGUUGUUUGCUCAGCUUACGAUACACACACUGGUGAGAAAGUUGCCAUCAAGAAGAUCAAUGAUAUUUUCGAGCAUGUUUCCGAUGCAACUCGCAUUCUCCGUGAGAUCAAACUUCUCAGACUGUUACGUCAUCCAGACAUUGUUGAGAUCAAACACAUCUUGUUGCCUCCUUCAAGGAGAGAGUUCAGAGACAUUUACGUGGUUUUCGAGCUCAUGGAAUCUGAUCUUCAUCAGGUUAUUAAGGCUAAUGAUGAUUUGACUCCUGAGCAUUACCAGUUUUUCCUCUAUCAGCUUCUCCGUGGCCUCAAAUAUAUACACACAGCUAAUGUCUUUCAUCGGGAUCUAAAACCCAAAAACAUAUUGGCAAAUGCUGAUUGCAAACUCAAGAUCUGUGAUUUUGGACUUGCAAGAGUCGCCUUCAAUGAUACACCAACUGCCAUAUUCUGGACUGACUAUGUAGCUACUCGAUGGUACCGGGCACCAGAACUGUGUGGAUCCUUUUUCUCAAAGUAUACACCGGCGAUAGAUAUAUGGAGCAUCGGGUGCAUUUUUGCAGAGCUUUUGACAGGGAAACCUCUUUUCCCCGGGAAAAAUGUGGUCCAUCAAUUGGAUCUGAUGACUGAUAUGUUGGGAACUCCAUCUGCAGAAGCCAUUGGAAGGGUGAGGAACGAGAAAGCUAGAAGAUACUUAAGCAGCAUGAGGAAGAAGAAGCCUAUACCUUUUUCGCAUAAGUUCCCACAUGCUGAUCCUCUCGCUCUUCGUCUUCUCGAAAGGAUGUUGGCUUUUGAACCCAAGGACCGGCCUACAGCUGAAGAGGCGCUUGCGGAUGUGUACUUCAAGGGUUUAGCUAAGGUUGAAAGAGAGCCCUCUGCUCAACCUGUCACAAAGUUGGAAUUUGAGUUUGAAAGGCGGAGAAUCACUAAAGAAGACGUGCGAGAGCUUAUAUACAGAGAGUCUCUGGAGUACCAUCCAAAGAUGCUGAAAGAGUACUUGGAUGGGUCAGAGCCAACUAACUUUAUGUACCCGAGUGCGGUGGAACAUUUCAAGAAACAGUUUGCUUACCUCGAGGAACACUACAAGAAUGGUACUUCUCAUAAUCCCCCCGAGAGGCAGCAGCACGCAUCAUUACCAAGGGCUUGCGUAUUGUACUCUGAUAACAAUCAUCCGAUGGCACAACAGAAUUCAGUUGAAGUCACUGAUGGACUUUCCAAGUGUAGCAUCAGAGACGAGAGACCUCGAGGUGCAGACAGGAAUGCUCAGAUGCCAAUGUCGAGAGUUCCUAUUAACGUCCCUCAAACAGUUCAAGGUGCUGCAGUAGCUAGACCUGGAAAAGUAGUUGGAUCAGUCUUACGCUAUAACAACUGCGGCGCAGCCACAGGCGUUGAAGCUCUUGAACAACAACAGCGUAGGAUGGUCAGAAAUCCAGCUGCCGCGUCGCAAUACCCAAAGAGGACUCAACCUUGCAAAAGUAACAGAGCAGAUGAAGAUUGUGCCGCCGCCGAAGGUCCAAGCAGAUUGAAACCAAACGCUCAGUAUAUACCACAGAAAGUGGCUGCAGCACAAGAUACUGCAAUGAGUCGCUGGUACUAGACAUUAUGUUUUGGUCUCGUUGAAGUUUUACUACUUCACGGCUUAGGGAGAACUAAAGGAGAAGGCCUUUUGUAUCAUCCAUCGCAUUAUCAAGAGAGCGAAACAUGAAGAGAGAGUAAGACAUGGCUUAGGAGCGAGAUGAGAGAAAGAUGGGUGAGAAGAUAAAAGAAGAGUCUUCUUAUAGCUCCUGUCAUGUAAUUUGUGUUCUUAAGACAACCUUUGUUUAUUGAUGCUGUAACACUUGUACUACCUACUACAAAUCUUAUAUCCCCUGAACUCAUAUCUGUUUCACCUAAUGUACUCUGAUAAACACAGA